CAAAACUUUCCAGAUCCCACAAUAUCGCCUACGGCAGAACAACCACACCACUCCACGAAAUGGCUCCCAAAUCGAAACCGAAACCGUCAGCCGCUCCGGCAAUCGCCAUCGAAGAUCUUUUCACAGCUCUCGAUCGCCACAUAAAGAGAUCAGAGUACGAACAAGCCGUUAAAGUUGCAGAUCAAGUUUUAUCGGUUGCUCCUGGUGACGAAGAUGCAAUUCGGUGUAAGAUUGUGUCUCAGAUUAAGGAGGAUAAGAUUGAUGAUGCUGUUUCCACUAUUGUUGCCUUGUCGAAGAAGUUUCCGAUCGAUUUAGGUUUCUAUAAGGCCUACUGUCUAUACAGACAAAAUAAGUUGGAUGAAGCUUUGGAAAUCUUAAAGAACCUAGAGAGAGACAAUGCAACAAUGUUGUUAGAAUCACAGAUUCUAUUUCGUCAAGGAAAUAUGGAUGCUUCUGUGGACAUAUAUCAAAAUCUCCAGAGAUCAAGAAUAGAGUCACUGGAGAUAAAUCUUGUUGCCGGUUUGGUUUCAGCUGGUAGGGCUUCUGAAGUUCAACGAGUGAUGGAUGCCAUGCGAGUUAAAGCAACUAGUAGCUUUGAGUUGGCUUAUAAUACGGCAUGUUCAUUGCUUGAAACGAACAAGUUCGCAGAUGCUGAGCAACUCCUACUUUCAGCUCGAAGAAUUGGGCAGGAGACAUUGAUGGAAGAAAAUUUAGCUGAUGAUGAGAUAGAGAUCGAGCUGGCACCCAUAGCUGUGCAGUUAGCCUAUGUACAGCAGCUUUUGGGAAACAGACAAGAAGCGAUUGCGUCUUACACAGAUCUUAUCAAGCGAAACCUUCCCGAUGAACCAUCAAACGCAGUAGCAAUAAACAAUUUAGUAGCUUUAAAAGGUCCUAAAGAUAUAACUGACGGUUUAAAGAAGCUUGAUCGUUUAAUCCAAAAAAACAGUGGAGAUAAAAGCUUCCAGCUUGUUCCUAGUUUAGAGCUGAAACUUUCAUCAAAACAGAAGGAAUCGAUCUACGUCAAUCGCAUGCUGUUGCUACUUCAUUCCAAUAAGAUAGAUCAGGCUCGCGAACUUGCUGAUGCAUUGCCACAAAUGUUUCCUCAAAGUGUGACACCUGUACUUCUUCAAGCUGCUGUAUUUGUGAGAGAAAACAAAGCUGGAAAAGCUGAAGAAAUGUUAGGAAAAUACGCAGAAAGAUUUCCCGAAAAAUCAAAAGUUGCUUUACUGGCUAGGGCACAGAUUGCAGCUGCUGCAGGGCAUCCUCAAAUUGCAUCAGAAUCUUUACUAAAAAUACCUGAUAUUCAGCACAUGCCUGCAACCGUUGCAACUCUUGUUGCUCUAAAAGAACGUUCUGGUGAUAUCGAUGGUGCUAAUGCGUUGUUUGAUUCCGCCAUUGCUUACUGGUCAAACGCUAUGACUGAAGAUAAUAAUAAUCUGAGUGUUAUAAUGCAAGAGGCUGCAGCUUUUAAGCUCAAACACGGGCAAAAAGAGGAAGCAUUAAACCUCUUUGAAAAGCUUGUGAAAAGCCAUAAUAAUAUCGAGGCUUUGGUAGGACUGAUACAAACUGCUGCUUAUACAGAUGUCGAAAAGGCGGAAACUUACGAGAAGAAACUGAAACCGCUUCCUGGUUUGACAUCUAUCGAUGUUAACACUUUGGAGAAAACUUCUGGUGCAAAGCACGUUGAAAACGGGCCCCACUUGGCGAAUAAUAACAUUGAACCUAAUGAAACAAAAGUUAGCAAGGAGAAAGCGAAGAAGAAGAGAAAGAGAAAGCCGAGGUACCCGAAAGGGUUUGACCCUGCUAACCCUGGUCCACCACCGGACCCGGAGAGAUGGCUACCUAAAAGAGAGAGAUCUAGCUACAGGCCCAAGAGGAAAGACAAACGGGCUGCUGCUCAGAUUAGAGGCUCUCAGGGUGCGGUGGCUAAAGAAGCUUCUGGCUCUAAUUCCGGAAACGUGAAGUCCAACCAGCCGUCAAAUGCAAAGGCAUCUUCUGGCAGUGAACCUGCAGUACAACCGAAGGCUUCUUCAAAGUCUUCCAGGAAGAAAUCCAGAAAGUGAGGUAACUUUGAAAUUUUGUACUGUUAAGACCAAAAAGGAUUUUUAUUGAAGGGGAGUUGAAGCUGUUGCUUAAGUGUGUUUAAUCGUUGACUUUAGUCAUGAAUGGGUGAAAGACGAGAUACAUUGUUGAAUUACUUAUGCUGUAGUACUGUUUUAUUACAAUAUUUACCGAGAAUCACUUAUCGAGCUUGCGAGCGAAAA